CGCAUAGUAGAUUGCAUGUGUAUAGAAUCUCAUUGGGAUAAUGUAGGAGAGGGGGGAGAAUAAUGGCUUUGUGGAACGAAUGACAAUCAUUUUCAGGAGGGGGAAGGGGGGUAGGUGAAAGAAUAAUAAUCCUCCUCCCUCUGGGUCUUUCACCUUUUCUUUCCUCCAUCUGAGAAAAUUGACGAAACAAAGCCGACUCGGGAGGUGGGGAUGACAUGUUCUGGUCAUUUGCUUCCCAGGAUCUCAUUUAUUUCCUACUCCUGUCGGCGUCCCUCCUACACGCCACGAAUGUCGAGGCGAAUGAAGUCCAGAAAAAGCAAGAAGAGAUUGAGACAAUCAAGAAAGUUCCCGAGAAGCAGGAGAAAUUCAUCGAUGAUCUGCCAGGGGCACAUGCAGGAUUGGUGCUUGUCACGAGGGACAAGAAACACGCCAGGAACCUCGCUACUUCGGACGUGGAAAAAGUGAAUGAUUCGGGGAACAACCAUUUAGAGUCCCUGCCACUGAGACACGGAGAUAUUCAAUUGGAUCGUCGAUACGGAUCCAAACCGGGCGGUGCAUUCCACCCAGUCGAAAUCCCCCAUCCGUUUCGAACCCCUCCGAAUCAUUUGUUUCCUUCUGGCCAUGGCCAUGGCCACGGAUCUGGCCACGGAUCAGGACAAGGAUAUGGGAUACCCAAAGCCCCCUUACCACCGUUGAACCCGCAGCCUCCUUGCGCCAAGGAUGGUUCACCGUAUUGCCUCUACGAUCAAGAAUACCCAUAUGACCACGUCAUGGAGACGCUGUCCAUAUACGGAAACGAAGUGGAAGACAUGUAUCACCAGAUUCAUCAUUAUACAUACGAUGAUUUUUUGAAGCACGACAACUACACUCACGCCUACAGGCACGGAGGUCAUUUCAUUUGCGAAAGUGAGGUGAGUUAUAUUCGACCGGGUUGGGCGAGAAAUUUCAGAGGGAACUGGGUCGCCGUCCUCAACACGGAUCGAUUCCCCCAAAGUAUUCGGAUCGAAACCUGCAAGUAUCCGGAGAGUAGAUGCGAUUACAUUCCGCCCUGCUUCGUGUCAUCAUGUCGGCAGAGGUACACCUACGUCAAGCUGAUGUGCCUGAAUCCAUACGAUCCGUCCGAGAGACCAGCAUUAGACGUAUUCAGGGUCCCUUCUGACUGCUCCUGUUUUGUCCACGACACCUCCCUCUUCCCUGCCCCAAACCGUCCCCAUCACUGAAUGGGAUGGUCAUGCUUUGAUGCAUGGGGUGCGUUCACAAUUCAAGUAUCUGAAACGUGUGACGUCAUCGAUGACGUCACAACUGUGAUCGGGAUCCCAGCCACCGUCAGCCAAAGCAGGAAUGGUUGCUUUCCCCCAUUCGUCACGUCGAACGUCUUAAUGACAUCACCGCAAAGUUCCCUCUCUGGGCUUGCGGUGGCUGGCGUAAUUCGCGAACGCACUCGAUAGCUUAAAGGCACACCAGCUUGACGUCGGCCACCUCCGAGCAUGAUCUCGUAUGACCCGUUGCUCCCAUUUCUCUUCAUCCCCGUCUCUUCUCAGAUACGAAGGGAAGAAAUGCGAAUACCUACCGUCUUGCUAUCAAUCCACGUGCAUCCAGAGGUAUUCCUACGUCAAGCUGUUGUGCCUCCCAAUGGAUCCCCCUCCUCAUCACGGUCCACAUUUUCAUCGCCGCCGAGGUCGUUACCUAACUGGAAAGCCCCAAGUGGAACUCUUCGAAGUCCCUUCGUCUUGUUCGUGUUACAUCCAGGAUUCCAUUCACUAUUCUCCCCGCGUCUGAAUACCGAAUCCAGUCAAUGUCCCACCUCUGGUGAUACUCAAGAAAGGCAUUAUUGUACCC